AUGAAACGAAUUCGAAAUAAUGACCAAGAACCACAAAACAAGAAUGAAACUGCUUGUUCCUCCUACGAACUUGCAUUGGUUCCACGGGAUCACAUUCACAUUCCCUUGACCCAUCAUCAAAUCAUGGCCAAUCUACGGUUGAUUUCCGAGUUGUCAUCCGUUAACAAAUCCUCCGAGCCUACUCCCAUUUUCCGGCUCAAUGAUGUCAUUCCCAACAUUCUGUCCUUUUGCGACGGCUCCACCUUGGCCCGAGCCGCCUGCGUUUGUACCGAAUGGCGUGAUUUGUGCAAUCGCAACGAACUCUGGGAGAACUUGUGUCGUCAAACCUUUGGAGUCUCGGCGCAACAGCUCACACCGUCUCCGGAUCCCGUCAAGGAAUUGUACGUGCUGAGUCAUUUGCAUUUGCGGGCCACUUGGUCCUCUGCCCUCCAAUCGUCCAUGCCGAUUCGGGCGGUCCCCAAUGUCAUUCCCCUGGGCAACAUGAUGAUGAUGAUGAGGCCGCUCCUCUAA